AUACGUCCUCCAGUGCUAGCCUGGUGGAGCUCCCAAAAAGACAAUCAGCAGACCAUAAACUCCGAAUACUCCCCCCAACAAUGAUGUACUUACGAUAGACUCAGCCUGUGCUCUAUUCUCCAAUACACAAAUGCGUUUCUAUAGCCAGGCUCGCAGGUUUCGUAUCUCGUAGAACUGCCGGCUAUGUGCUUUCAGCUACAAUGAGCUAGUUUCGCGAAGUCGAGUUUUUUCCGAUAGGAUCUGCCAAACAAUAAAUUGUUCCAGAGUUCAAAAGACUUUCUCUCAGAACGUUCAACCUAAUCUCGUCCCUUGGCAUGUUGUGAUCAUCUCCUUCGAAAAACUAUGGUUUUGGUCGUGGAUGAAAAGGUUGCCAUGAUUUCUUCAAGCAGACGGAGCCUCGUGAACAUGUUAGUUUUAGUAUUUGCCUUAAUGAUUAGUGCCGAAAGCCAGGCCAAAAGAAGCUCUGCCUGCUCGCUGGAAUUUUCAUUGAUCGGUUCCAAAUGCUAUUAUUUCAGCAAGGAAAGCAUCAGUUGGAGCGAUGCUUAUUACCAAUGCUUGGGUAAAAAUAGCUCGUUGGCCAUUCUGGACAGUGCAAAAGAGGAUAGGCGAAUGAGAAGCUACAUGAAACGUCAUACGAAGACCCUCGGUGGGAAAAACCAUUGGAUUGGAGGUAAAUAUGAUUGGAGGAAUUCAAAAUGGGUUUGGGCUGAAACUGGAAAGCAAGUCACGUUGAAGACCAUUCCCAGAAUCUUACCGACAAACACCAUGUUGCUGCAUUGGUCUUGCUUAAUCAUGGAUUCCAGUCGACUGAACAAGUUAUCUUCCAACAGCUGUCCACAACAGAACUACUUUAUCUGCCAAAAGAAUCCCAGAAUUCCCAUAGGCAGGAGAAAAACAUUCAAUAUUAAAAUUUGUAGAAAAUCAGCCGAGCAACUGACUGAAAAUCAAAAGAACAAAUGCCUUAGAUUGGUUGGAGGCUAUGGUGGUGUCACGUUCCAGAAUGUUCCUGCUGCUAUAAUACAGUCUCCAAAACCCACUGCCAAGAAUGUUAAGGAAUAUGUUUGUCCGUCCAAUAUGUUCGUAAUAAAAAAUAGGUGUUAUUACUUCAGCCACGAAAAACUGAACUGGAACGAUGCUUAUUGGGCUUGUAGGGACAACAAGACGUAUUUAGCUGUAGUUUUGAACAAGGUACAGGAUAAAAUGUUGAGGGAGUUCCUGAAUAUGGGUUUUGUGGGACAGCGGGAGAGAUGGCUAGGUGGUCUCUAUGACUGGAAACAGAGGAGAUGGUUGUGGGCCAAUUCAGGAACACCCCUUAAAUAUCACGGAUUUCCUUCCAAGAAUAACACGGGUACCAGAUAUGAAUGGAAAAGCAUCACCCUGGAUCCUUAUUUAGGUUACAAGUGGAAUGCACGAUUAAGAACUGAAGAGAAAUAUUUCAUUUGCCAAAAAAAGGCGAAAACGAUAGCGAAAUUAGGAGACUUCAACACAGCAUUAUAUUGAAUUUCAGGAGAUAACUCAAACGAAGUAUCUGAUGAAGACAGCUCAGAAACAAACAAUGAAUCGAACAAAAAAUUAACGAGAAAGCUGGAGACAAAAUACCAAACAUAGGAAUCAGUACUACACACAUACACAUCGUCCCCCUAAACUAAACCUAUAACUAUAAAUAAAGUAUUAUUUUUAUAGAA